ACACGUGGAUGGGGAACGAUUUCCGCGUCCUCCGUGUCACGUAACAACGCACGUCAUGACGUAUCCUAAGAGGAAACAUGGCGCUUCCCUACAGCUGUCGUCUUUUCGUAGCGCAAGGACUUUGUGUUAAACGGAUGAUAAGGCAGGGACUAAGGACUGUCUCUAUAUCAGGAUUUUUACCACGACGUCCUUUUCAAUUGUGCAGAAGUGCGCCAACUGUGAAUGACGCAGGUGGAAGUGAACACACCGGGUACAGAGUUACACUGUGGACUGCAGUGGCGUUCUCCCUGUUCGGCAGCAAGGAUGACAGAACAGACGCCCAGAAGACGGAGGAUGAGAUUAUUCUCCUGUUAAAGAAAGCAAAGUACAACAUGAUGCUCGGGGAGUUUGACGCGGCGAGCGGCUUCUUGCAUAAAGCAAUUCGACUCGCCCAUCAGAGUCACAACAACGACGCCAUCAUCUACACCUAUACCCUGAUGGCCAAUUUAGCCUUUAUUCAAGGUGAGCUGGACAAUGCUGAGAAACUAUUCAAAGCUGCAUUGAGUUUCGUGUUGUCUGGAGGAACACCGCAGGACGACAACGCGGUUAUCGAAAUGUCCCUGAAGUUGGCCAGCAUCUACGCCACUCAAAACAAGAAUGAGCUGGCAGAGCAUGGCUUCCAGUUCUGCACCGAGUCACUGGAGGCCAAGCUCGAGAAGCAGAAGGAUCUUCCACCAGAUACAAUAUCAGCAGAAGAGGAAAGGAAGGACACCCGUCUGCUUCUUGGCCUCAGUCUGGAUGCCCGGGCUCGAUAUCUGGCGUCCUCUAGGCGCUUUACAGGAGCAUGCAGAGACUACCGUCAUGCUCUGCAGAUCUGUCAGGAAGAGCAAGGAGAAGCCCAUCCUCAGACGCUGGUCUUGAUGAGUGACUUGGCCACAGUGUUGGACCUACAGGGGAAGCACGACGAGGCACUGGCUCAAGUCAAGAAGGCCGUAGAGCUGGGCCGUGCGGCCGGCCACCCCGAACAACACAUACUGCUGGGAAACAUGGCAGGCAUUUUAAUGCACAAAGGUGAGUUUGAGGAGUCGGUUAAGAUGUACGAGGAGGCUUUGGCCCUGGCGCAGGCGGCUGGUGACGUCGAGGCUGUUGAGCAGUUUGAAGAAGGACUGAAGGAGUUGAGAAGGCGGAGAGAGGAAAAAGAACAGAGUUCAAACAAGGAGCCAUCACUCGAGCAGUGACUACACACUAAACACUCAUACUCUGGCAGUAUGAAGUCCUUAAAUGGAAUUUUAUUGGACCUGACUGUGUGUGAUUCUUCAUCACAAUCAUCAUCCUCGUCCUCCAAGCACAUAGCACACUGGAUUCUUAUUAGUGAAUAAUCUAAGCUCUGUGGUGUUAAUUUAAGAAUGAAGAUGUAUGUACGUGUUGUUUGUUUACAGUUCCUCUGGAAAAUCCAAAACAGGAAAGACGGUGACUCAGGAAGUGCUGAAGGGAAACAGCGUGAUCACAUGUCACAAUCUGGAAAAUACCUCACUCGUGUACUUCGUUAUUUGUAGGUGGUGUACUUACUCCUCUUUCGAUUUCUCCCAUCUUUAACCUGGCAUAUGACAAUGAUGUACGAUAAGACAUGUACGUAUUUUGUCAAUUAAACAAUCUAACCUUG